GCGCUGUGCUAUUUUCAUCGCCGCGUUACUGCUGGCCCAGAUUCGAUGCGACCGUCACGACGUGAACGUGAUAUCCGACUUGUCCGCGAGUUCGCUGGGCCUCCCGGCUUCUACAUCCUCGCCUACGAUCGCCCGUAAAAUUCGAAAGAAUUCGCUUCCCUCGUUCGUUGACCGCGACGUCGUCCUUGUGCGCGCGAAUCUCCAGUCGAGUCGAGUGAUUGUUAUAACCUGUAAAGUUAGUCGGAGGAAGUUCGUCGAACGUCAUUAACUCGUCCGUCUAUCCUUCUUUAUCUGCCUUGUGCGCCGACCCCUCGAGAGAGAGCGUGUUUUUAUGACCUGCUACGGAAUCUUUACGAAGUGAAAUCGUGCACGACACGCAGUGUGCAUAACGCAGUGUAUGUAAGAUGUGACUUCCCGGCGUGCAUCGUGUGCUCUCCUCACGCCGUUUGUCGAACACCACGACUGUGCGACGUGCAAUUUCGCGUCUCCGUUGUAAUAACAUAUUUCGCGUUGUACGUGCUUCGCGCGGGGAACCAGAGUUCGAAUACACCUGCUCACAGCGACGAGGCUGGUUGGGGUCGUCAAAUGACCUUAAGUUUCCUGGUGAGUGCAUCCUCACAUACAUGGAGUUUCAGCUGGAUAGUGCAGAAUACUGCCAGGCUCAACACAAAUAGAGAGACACGCCCAAACACCCUAGAAUCUACUAGGUACUAUUAAAGAAGAAUUAAGGAAAGAACAUCAUAAUCAGGCAAAGAAAAAUUUUAUAAUAUUGGGAUCAUUGCCUCAGAGUCAAAAAAUCAUCAGCUAGUCAUCACGCGAAACAUAGAAGAAUUAAAUAGAAUCAAUUGUUAAUUUACAAUAUUAAAUGCAAGCAUUGUAGUUACUGAGCGCACCUGAUCCAGGCGCACCCAGUGCCAAAUAGAUAAUCUUCCGAAUCAUAGUCAAAAAUCCCAAGUGGGAAUUGAUCGCAUAUCAACAACGCCUAAUGUAACGUAGCCCUCACCCUUUCAUCAAAAUUUGCACCUUAACAACCCUCGUCGAGGUCUACAUGUAAACCCAUUGUUCUGUCCUCUGUAAAAAAAUAACAAAGUAUUCAAUUAGUUAAAUGAGAAACAACUUUAUAAGACUGACAUCUAUGGGCUAAGUUGUCAAAUUCAGCCUUCGUUGCUUCAUAUAGUGUGGCACAUUGCAGAAAUAAAGAGAAACAGUGUCGUACAAAAUUAUUAAAAACAUAAAAGCUAAAAAAAGUAGGAGUUACACCACUUGUUGUCCAAAAGGAAAUGAGCAACAUGAGGGUGAAGGACAUCAGACCGGAGCCCGCCGAGAUCGAAUAUAAAAACAUGAAGUUCCUCAUUACUGAUCGGCCCAAUGAUCAGACCAUUCAUACUUUUAUUCAAGAACUGAAAAAGCACAAUGUCAAAGAAGUAGUGAGGGUCUGUGAACCAACGUACAAAAUUGAGGAACUUAAAGCAGAAGGGAUCAAUGUCAUAGAUUUGGUAUUUGAUGAUGGUACAUUUCCACCAAAUGAAGUCAUUGAUGAAUGGUUCGAACUCCUAAAAAAUCGAUUCCGCGAGUCUCCUGAUGCAUGCGUGGCAGUACAUUGUGUCGCAGGACUUGGUAGAGCACCGGUCUUAGUUGCACUUGCUCUUAUUGAGCUGGGACUAAAAUAUGAGGAUGCAGUUGCGUUAAUUAGGGACAAAAGACGAGGUGCCAUCAACUCAAAACAGCUGGCCUAUCUUGAAAAGUAUCGUCCCAAGUCUCGGUUGAAGCUCAAAAAUGGACAAAAGAACUCCUGCUGCGUCCAAUAGAUCAAACGAUUUCUUUGAAAAGUUACUAAUUCAUACUGAUUGGUAUACCUAAUUGUAUAGGUUUUCGCGCCUGAUAACAAGAGACAUAUUGUAUCAACUCUGUUCUGAAAGGCCUAUCAAUGGAAAUGCAACCGAACCUCUUAUCAAACAAUUUUAGUGGUAUAUUUUUCACCGUCUAAUUCUCCAGCAUAAAUGAAGCAAUUUAAAAAGGAAAUGAAUUGCAUAUAAUUAUUUGCACUCUUCUUUUAUGAAAUUUUUAUAUUUAUUUUUGAUACUAAAUUAAUAUUAAAUGCUAUAGAACCGAAAGAGCCUUCUGAACGUGAUACGAAUAGUACUAAAAUUCGAAUGGAUCUGAUCGUUUGUAUAAUAAAUAAAAAAAUUGGAUUAACUUAUGCGUUUCAUAACAAUACUUAUUACCUCAUUUAAGACUAUUGUGUACGAAUAUUUUAGAAGGCUGCAUUUACUUGGUCCAGUAAAAUAAGACAUGCAAUGUUACUAAUUCAUUUGUGAACGUUAGUUAAUAUGUUAUUUAUGCAAGGUACUUUAAGGAUGGUUGGCGCAAACACCUUUGGAUUAGUAUGAUUUCUAGUGAAAAUGGUUCCUUUGGUAUUGCGAUUAUACCCAGCCGUCGAUAAAUUUAGCUAUUUAGAGAAUUAGUGCAAUAAAAAACACCUCACGUUUUCCAGAAUGAUUGAAUGCAAGAAACGAAUAAAUGUCAACAACAGUUUUCAAAUAAUUUAAAUAUAUUUACUUUCAGAUUAUAAUUGAGUACAUAUUUUUUGCAGAUGUUUUGCAUAUAACAUAACAACAGAAAGAAACAACAUCAAUAUUAGGAGGUUUUUUGCAAUUAUUGGAAUAUACUAAAAACAUGCAUCUUCACUAAAGUGUGGUUUGUACAUGUUAUCCUGUUUCAGUAAAUGAAACAUUUAUGAUAAUAUGUUAAUUUAUUUGAGUUCAUAAAAGUAGAUGUAAUCUACUAUGAUCAUCAAGGAAGUGUACACACUAAUAUUGCAAACAUUCUUCAAAUGCUGUUUUGUAUUUUAUUAUCUAAUAAAAUUUGGUAUAUAUCAAUAAAAAUCAAAGUAGACCAUAUAUUUUCAUAUACUUACCACACUUGUAAAAAAGAGUUCUGAAUUUUGUAUAAAAUAAAACGAUUUACAUAAAAAUUUAUAGAUAUGUGAAGUCUUUCAAAGUAUAAAUUAAAUGAAAGAAAAAUUGCGUUGCAUUUCCAAUGGCAUGCCGAAUUGAUGAGUGUUCUUAACUCUUACUGGACUUGGAAUCUGCGUUAACUUGAAAUAACGAAACAAAGUGAAGAAGAAAAAAUCACUCCAGAGUUAUAUAUCACUUUUAUCGUAGCUUAACGGCAAUUUCACCAAAAUUUUUUAAAACAUCCACUUUUAUUCAAUAAAUUUUAAAAAGCUGCAUACGCGUUUUGUGUGAAGCAUAUAUUGUAAUCGUACUCGCAAUUUUGGUAAAAUUGUCGGUGAUGCUGUACGCCACACUAAACUGUGUUCAAAAGAUAGAAAAAAAAUUCGCCCCUAAACUAAUGAAUGUAAUACUUAGAUCAUUUCAUGUGUCUGCCGAUUUAACGUGAAUGUACGUUUCCGUAUGUAUUAUGAUACGUGAAUUGUGUUUAUAAUCGUUUCUCGUGCUUUAGUGAAGGUUGUGUACAAGAGUGAUGCGAAGAAGUACCAUAGUCGAUGUUUGUAUUUUUCUUUUCCCCUUUUAAUGAUUAGUAUAUAAGAAUCCUGAAUGACGUUUUUCUACGGAACUAUUGACUACUAAUGAAUUUAUUGCACGAUAUGCCAAUGAUAAGAUAUUCGUCCUUUUUGUGCAUAAUUUUUAAGUACCAUGUAUAGCCGUUGUACAUUCACUAUAAUCGCAGACUCGAAAUGAAAUUUGAACCUGGUACAGCUCCUUUUUUGUAAUGUUAAAAAAACUGCAAUAUUUUUUACCAGAGGAUGGGACGAGGGACAUUCGUAAAAAAAAGAAAAAUUAUCGAGCCUUAGAUCCGAAAUUGAAUAAUUUUUUAAUUAUUCGAUUUUAU